AUGGCGAUGACAAUGGCAAUUCAACAGCUCAAGGGCGACCUGUGUGGUCACGGCUAUGCGGCGGGUCCCGGGGCAGCCGACGACGACGACUUUGAAGGCGAAGGCGACGCCUCCGAUAGCAGGGAGUGGAAACCCGAGGUCUGUUUCACGGCCACCGAUGUGGAGUACGGGGGGAGGGUGGUGGACCUCACCGCGAACAUCACCAGGGGGGCGCUGGAGAAGAUCCCCGGGCGCGAGGGGAUGUGGAGGGUGCCACACAACGUCAAGGACGCCUCUGGUAACUCGGCGAAGGUGUUCUACUACAAAAUUGCCGUCGAAGAGGUGGACGUCCUGGAGUCCCUCCAAGGCUCGGCGGAGAUCCUCCAUCAAGAAAUGUCCGAGCUCUUCUUGAUGCGGAUUGCCGUCGCCGCCCUCCUGGUGCUGCUGCUGUUCCCCCUGGUGUGGAGGGUGCUCAUGUUCGUCCGGGUUGUGUUGGCUGCGGCGAAGGUGGUCUUCUUCCCCUACUCGAUGAUCAGCUCCAGGGAGGACUUCAAGCUGGGGUACGGGUUCUUGCUUCGCGUGAAGUCGAUGGGGAUGGGUAGCGCCAUCGAUCGGGAGCGCAAGAUUGCCACGUACUGGGCGCGCUUGAUCGACGAGGCCGACGCUUACGACGAGAACGGCGGAGGCCACGACACCGACUGACUGAGAGACAGGCGUGUCAAUGGGGGGGGGGCACGCUGUAAACGCGAGAGAUUUAACAUUAUAAGCUGGCUCUCGGUGUUGUUUGUAUGCUUCUUUCUCUUUCUCUGGUGAUGUGUGUCGUCUGGUCGCGUAUUAGCAUAUGUCUUGUGCAUUCCGAAUUCUAGCUUUGUGUGUUGUGUGAUGGUGGUUUUUCUCUUGUCCUGUAUGGGUUUUAAGAACGUCGGUAAUCUGGUUCCCGUGGCAUCAUUCCCAAUUCGGGCUCGGCCAGGCUGAGAAGGUGGGGAAAGCCCGCUUUUGGGGCUGGUGCAUGCAAACGUGCUGCCGAUCGUGUCAACCUUCGCGCGUUGGAGCUUGUCGGCACUUGCACUCGGUGCGGUGCUUGCUGCGAUAGGACAUUAUUGGUUAACGUGCUGUCGCCUCCCCCCGUGGUUAAAGUGUCGUGCACUUGCUGAAGAGACAACAUAGGUAACCCAGUGAGCAGCAUUGCUGGUAAUCGUAGAUUUUAUUGCUGCUGCUGCUGCUGCUGCUGCUGCUGCUGCUGCUACCGCUGCUACUGCUGCUGUUGUGUCCUCGCGCUGACCUGCAUCGUUUUUUUCUCCGGCCCUGGGCUUGUUGUUCUGGUCAGCGGUCGUGUGGUCGAUGUGGUCGAUGUGGUCGAUGUGGUCGAUGUAGUCGAUGUGGUUGAUAGGCUGCUGUUGUGUUUCGUUUCUCCCCUUCCUCCGGAGGUGGACGGAGAGAGAGACAGAACAGAGGAGCCAAAGGGUUGUACGGCCGUAUUUCGCGUCUUGUGUGCACGUAUCACGUACCAUCAUUCUUCGCCACGACGUUUGCGCGUGUCUCGAGUUGAAUCAACUCUUCACGAUGUCGGACAACGCAUGAACGGCGGCGUGUGGUGCUGUAGUCUUGAAGGUAGCGUGGGUACGACUUUUUCCCUUGCAGGUCGACCCGUGGUUGGGUAGAACAGGGCAGAGCAGGAGGUGGGAGAGUGCGCCGCGGGUGCUAUAGUGCGAGUAAGGCCUGCGUGUGUGUGCGUUUCAGGCGCGGUGUCCGGAAUUGAGACGGCGGUGUGGCAGCGCCUUGCUUGUUUUUUUUGCAUCCGUUUUUUUGUUUGAUCGUGUCGUGGGAGGGAGGGAGGGUGGUCCGGUUUUGUUGUGGUGCACCCCCAGGUUCUGAUUCAUCCUGACACGUUGGCACGAAGAAUGGGAGAGAGAGAGGCGCUGCACACAUGUUGAUGGCUGGUUCGUUGUAGUCCGGGUCUUUGUGCGUUUCGGCUAGGAACUUCAUGCGCUUUAUUUACUGCUGUAGUUCCCGUUCCGUUUUGGAGAAACAGAAAACGUGCUUCUUGUCUGUCUGUGUGUUCGUUUCUCCUUCCUGUGGUGUGUAUCAUUGUGGAGGUAGAUAGACGUGUGCCCGCUAUUUUUUUUUUUGCGUUUCGGCUCGCGGUAUUUGGUAGGAUGGAAAAAACAACAAGGGUAAAGAGACCGAAGAAUGAACGCGCGGGCUGGCGUCGUUGAACCCCGGUGCUGCUGCUGUGGCGGCAAGCAAUGAUGGAUGAUGAUGAUUAUGAUGAUGUUGUUGUUCUGCUCGAAGGGGUGCGUUGUGUUGGUGUCGGUGCGGGUCUGCCUUGAAUAAGGCUAAUAUUUUUGCUUGGCUUAGUGUGAUUUGCUCUGUAUUCAGGUAGAGAAGCACAACAUCCACGCACGCACCUGAACCACCU